GCGGAACCUCAGUCUAAACCUACAGGAUGACAGCAGCUUCUUCUACGGCGUUUCCAGCCAGUAUGAGAGCUCUGAGAACAUGAUUAUCACAUCCACUAAGGUCUGCUCUUUUGGCAAACAGGUGGUGGAGAAGGUGGAGACGGAGUACGCGCGCUUUGAGAACGGACGAUACGUGUUUCGGAUCCACCGAUCUCCGCUAUGUGAAUACAUGAUUAAUUUCAUCCACAAGCUCAAACACCUCCCUGAGAAAUACAUGAUGAACAGCGUACUGGAAAAUUUCACUAUCCUUCAGGUGGUAACAAACAGGGACACCCUGGAGACCCUGCUGUGCAUAGCUUACGUCUUUGAGGUGUCUACAAGCGAGCAUGGCGCACAGCAUCAUAUUUACAGGCUAGUCAAAGACUGACACAGUUACACUGUUGGAACUUGCCAGCUCUCAGACCUUUUUUGUAGCGGGAGUUAAGCAAAAGCACACCAAACAAAAGACUACAGACGCCACAGAGCUUAAAGCUGGAAUCUGCCAAGUUGGUUCAGAACUCUGAGAAACACUGGCCACGUCAGGGUGCGCAAGAACACUACUACUGCUGAAGAAGAUGAACCGUGGAUGUCGAAAGACUGAAAAAGUGUGAAGAAGGACCAUCCUACACUGUGGUCUCUAUACCAAAGGAGCCAAACAUGGCCAACAGAAGCUGCAUGAGAGAGUUUUUGUCGGUCUUUGUGUUUAUCUAGAUCUUGUUUUAAAUGUAGAUUCUAUUACAGACAUGCAUGUGCAGGGGGUGUCGAGUUGGACUGCCUCAGGGUGCCAUCUAGUGGCUUGAAUUAAUAUUACAGCGAUAAAAAGAUUCAAGAUCCCUUUUGCACAUCCGCUGAUUACAAUUGAUGGUGCAGAUAUUUUGUGUUAUCACAGUAUUUCAGUGAUCAUGUGCAGAAUCACAUUCAUCUCUUCUUAACAAUGUUAGGAUGAGCUUAUUGCAGAAACCUGUUGUAUUCAUUUUGUUUGGCAUUGAUUGUUGAAAGUGUCUUGUGUUGUUUCUUGUCUUUGAUUGACAAAAGUCUGAGUCCAACUGAAGGCACAUAGUAACACUUCUAACCUGAACAAACUGGGAUUUGUAAACUGAAGUUGUCUGCAUAUGCAAGUUGGCCUAGAAAAACAAGCAUUUCACAUACAACUCCUGUUGCUGGGUUUUUGUAAAGUGUGGUAUGCAUCUAAUGGCAUAUACAAUUAAAAGUAGGAUUUAUCCCUAUAAACUUA